AUGACUGAAGCACUCCUCCUUCAUGAUGUUCACUCAUCCAACAACCCAAUCCCAGCUUCAGGUUCUGGGGGACUUGACAUGAGCGAAGCCACUCUUGCCAAAUUGUCCCGAGCACAGCUGCAAAAGGUAGCUAAGGCUCAUAAAGUAAGAGCGAACAUGAAGAGCGCGGCGAUAAUUAGAGAGUUAGUAAAACUCAGCAAGUUUGUUCCGCUGCUUCAAGACGAAGAGAGCGAAGGGCCCCCGAGAAAGAAGUCCCGAACGACGGAGGGUCCUCCUGCUGCUGGUCCCUCAAGACAGGUCAUAGACUUAGCUAUGGACACAAGUUUUGAUUACCCCAUCAUCCAGGAAGAUCCCCCCAAAUCCAUUCUGAUCCUAGCAGCCGUUACUCCGGUAAAAGCAGUCGGAAAUGCUUCUGGCAUAGCGCUUCAAAAUCUAGCGGGAAAGUCACCAAGCCUUUCACCGUUACUCGAAAGUCCCAAGGGGCACAUAGCUGUGGAUGAUAACUCCAGUGAUCCAGGUGGUUCCUACUUGUCCUACGAAAGUCCUAGUCAGCAGGGAUGUGACAAAUUCCCCGUCAGCCCACGUACAGGAAUGCCCCCUCCAGAAGAACCACACAUGCUCAACCGGGCUGUGCAAAUCAUGAGGCAGAUCACAGCCGACGAUCAACGUGUUCUUGCCCAAGCCACUGCUCUCCGCCGGAGAGCGGCGGGGCUGAAAGAACAGGCGAGGAAUGUCCGGGACGUUAUACGCGCUGAGCGGGGGCGCCGUGAGAGAUUAGAGGCAUACUUCACGUACUGGAGGGAGAUUGCGCCCAAAUGGCCAAAAGAUUGGAUAUACGAAGAAGGCGAGGAGGAUCAGAUCCGAACAGAGCGAGUAUUUAAGGCUAUGACACCAACGCUACCGUCAACAGGACCAACAGGCCCACCCACCUUGUCUUUCGACGGAAGAGACGCACCGUGAGUUUUCGCUCGCAGUUCGGUUUUCCACCGGGCCGAUGGUGACUAUCAGGGACUCGCAUCUCAUUGACAGGGGAAUGGGAUAGCUCCCCUUCCUGC